AUGAGGUAUAAUAUGUCUGAAAAGUAUGUGAAGGAGAUUUUAGAAAAGCUUGAAGAAAUUGAGAAAUUACACGCAAAACUGCGCUGUUUGGUGCCCCGUGUAAAAAGUUAUGAAUUAAAAGACGUAGAGAUUAAACAGUCUGUUAUGAGAGAAACAAAUAGAAUUGAUACAAAUUUACCGGAACAAAAACCAAUCGACUUUCAUCGGAGAUCGGAAAUUAUUAGAAAUAUCCAAAAAGAUUUGACAACGAAAAUAAAAAAUUUAUUCGAUCCAAACUCAAGCACAAUGAAAUAUUUCAAAAAGUUUAAAGACCAUUCUAGCAACAAGUGGAAAAGAUUUAACAAUUUUUUGACAACUAUAUACGAACCUGAUAUUACAUUUGUAAGCAGAGCCUCACAAGUAUCGAAUAGUGAUCUAUUAAACAUAAUUUCAAAAAAUACAUCUACGAUUUUUUCUCCGAAAAAGAAGCAAUCUAAAAAAAGGAGAUCCACGCUGCAAGAAAUGUCAGAACGGUUACUAAAGCGUUUUGGUUAUUUUUACGAUCCUAACCUAGUAAAUGAGAGUACAAUGUCGAUACAUGAUCAUGGUUUAGGUAAAAAUGAACCUCGUAUAGUGCAGAGAACUUCAAUCAUUCCAGAUGGGAAAACUGAAACAAUAAAAAUCGUCUCGUCCGCGAGAACAGUUUCGGUAGAAAAUAACAAGAAAUGGUCUUCAUCAGGCAGUUGA